GACCCGCGGGCGGGGACCCCGCGCGCUGCGCUCGGCCCGGGAGCCUGGCGUGCGGUUCCGGGAGCCGCGAGCUGCGCGCCCCAUGUCGGUGCCGCGGAGCCGGGAUGAGGGCGCCCGCGCUGCUGCCGCCCGCACUGCUGACCUGCUGCGGUUGGCUGCUCGGCCCGGUGAGCAGCAUUCACCCAGAAUGUCGAUUCCAUCUGGAAAUACAAGAGGAGGAAACAAAGUGUGCAGAGCUUCUGAGUGCUCAGGAAGAAGCUCACAAAGCCUGCAGGGGUGUCUGGGACAACAUCACGUGCUGGCGUCCCGCAGACGUGGGGGAGACCGUCACUGUGCCCUGCCCAGCGGUGUUCGGCAACCUUCACAGCAAACCAGGAAACAUAAGCAAAAACUGUACAAGUGAUGGGUGGUCGGAGAUGUUUCCAGAUUUCAUAGACGCAUGCGGCUACGAUGACCCUGAGGAUGAGGGCAAGAUCAUGUUUUAUAUUCUGGUAAAGGCUGUUUACACCCUGGGCUACAGUGUCUCGCUGAUCUCCCUUACAACAGGAAGCGUCAUUCUUUGCCUCUUCAGGAAGCUGCAUUGCACCCGGAACUACAUCCACCUGAACCUGUUCCUCUCCUUCAUCCUGCGUGCCAUCUCGGUGCUGGUCAAGGAUGACGUCCUGUACUCCAGCUCGGGCACCCUGCACUGCCCGGACCAGCGGUCCUCCUGGGUUGGCUGCAAGCUGAGCCUGGUGUUCUUCCAAUACUGCACUAUGGCCAACUUCUACUGGCUGCUGGUAGAGGGGCUGUACCUGCACACCUUGCUGGUGGCCAUGUUCUCGCCAGGCCGUCGCUUCCUGGCCUAUCUCCUGAUUGGAUGGGGCAUCCCCACCGUGUGCACAGCGGCGUGGACAGCAGCCAGGCUCUCUUUAGAAGACACGGGCUGCUGGGAUACCAACGAGCACAGUGGUCCCUGGUGGGUUAUACGAACGCCAAUUUUAAUUUCUAUCGUAGUCAAUUUUGUUCUUUUCGUUAGUAUUAUACGGAUUUUACUACAGAAGUUGACGUCCCCAGAAGUCAGAGGCAAUGACCAGUCACAGUAUAAGAGGCUGACCAAGUCCACCCUGCUGCUCAUCCCGCUGUUCGGCGUCCACUACAUGGUGUUUGCUGUGUUUCCCAUCGGCGUCUCCUCCAAGUACCAGAUCCUGUUUGAGCUGUGUGUCGGAUCCUUCCAGGGCCUGGUGGUGGCAGUUCUCUACUGCUUUCUGAACAGUGAAGUGCAGACUGAGCUCAGAAGGAAGUGGCAAAGCCGGUGCCCGAGCCAGCCCUCCAGCCACAGCCUGUCCAUCUCCAGGAAUGGCUCGGAGAGCGCCCUGCACUCCCACCGCGGCUCCCACACCCCAUCCUUCCUGCAGACGGAAACCUCUGUCAUCUAGAGUGCCCCCCACCCCUCACCCCUGCCACGUCCAGAGCCCCGGAACCCACUGGACGUGGGGAGCCAACGGCGGCGCACCCCUCAGGCGUGCCCCAGGGUAAAUCUGGGCAACUCAGGACAGCUGGUCUUUGCUUCUCCCGUCUGUGGAACCGGGGUGACCUCGUAACUGACCGGGACGUCAAUGUAAUCAUUGUCACACUCCGGUAUUUAGGUGGUUUUGUUCAUAACGUUUGGCUGUGUAGAUGGACCCGUUUUCAAGGAGAAUAGGGGACACUGGUUGGCCCAGAUGUGGGUCCAGCCUCUGGGGAGGGAGAAAAGGGGAUUUACAAGUUUGAUGCCUGUGCGGGGGGAGGGGGGCUGGGCCCCUCAUGAGAGGAGAAGGUGCCUGUCCUCGGCAUGACCCACGUCACUGGCCCCACGUGACUCCGCCCGGCGCAGCCCUCUGGUAUGAAGGUCAUAUGCCUAGAAGCCCACUUAAGACUAACCUGAAAUGGCUCCUGCGAGCCACAGCAGACCCACCCCUCCUGGCCGUUCCCCCCUCCACCUCUGCUCCCGGGCUCCCUUCUCCGGGCCCCCCUCUCUGAACUCCCAGCUCUGGGCUCCCUGUCCCUGCUUCUCCACCACAAUAGCUGGCCUGGCCCAAGAAAAAGUGCCCUGAAGAGCAUCAGGUGACAGCAGCAGGGAGCAAUGUGUCUGCCCUCACAUCCCGCGCCUUGACCACUGAACAUAUGCCCACGGGGCCAGGGGCCACGUCAGGGCCCAUCAGUAGGUGGCUAGAAGGGACCCAGCAGGCCUGUUCUGUGCAGGAGGUUUUGCAGGCCCCUGGUCAUCAGGGAGACAAGACACAGCAUUUUAUCUGGUGGAAACAGAAACCUAGUCUCUUUUUAAAGAAAAUAAUCUUAAUAUCAUUUCUGUUUACAUGGAGAAUUAUUUUAACAAAGGAUAAAAACGUAUUGAGUGCAUUUGUCCAGUCUUGGCAAACUGCAGCCCUGGCUUCAGAUCCCUUGAUGUUUGCAGACUUGGGAGGUAGAUCUAGGAUGCCGAGAGGCGAGGACAGUGAGCCCCCUCAGUGUCCAGGGCCCUGCAGCACUGACAGACGUUCUGCACACACCUGGUCACAGUGCUGGUCCCCUCGGGCACGGUGACAUGACUGGGACGGUGGACACGGGGUUGUGGGAUGGCACAGGGGCUGUGUCCUGACCACCUGGAACCACGGGCCCCCCACUCAGAUGUCCUGCUGUAACCAGAUCCACACAGCCAACUUGACAGCCAGACCAAGUCUGUUUGGAGCGAUGGGCUGUGCUCGGGUGCUGGACGUGCACGGGACGUGAGUGGGGUCACUGAGGCUUCCCUCAGCUGGCGUUCACAGAGGCCCAAAGCACCAGGAACGGGCCACAUUGCCCAGGAACGGAAGGGGGUGUGGGGAAGUCGGUAUUUGGACAGUGAGCACGAGCACGUGACCAGAGUCCUCGUGUCGCUUUAAGACAUCAUAAAUGUGUAAAUACCAAUAAAGUCUGAUUUCACACCUGCAAGCUGCACAAGAAGUCACUCUGACUAGCCAAUCCUGAGGCCUUAGGCCCUCAAACUGAGGAUGGACUCACGCUUUGCAGUGAGCGCCACCACAUCCAGGGGAAUCUCUCCACAGCUGCAGCAUGGAGGCAGAAGAGGGGAGGGUGGACACACAGCAGCUCCUUGACUGUGUGAAACAGCCACCCCUCCCCCAAGUCAC